AUGGUGAAGAUCGCUUUUAACGCUGCCCUGGCGCACAAGGGCAAGGAGAGCCCCGCCGCGCUGAAGGACCCGGAGCUGGCUGGGGCCCCCGUGUCCAUCGAUGGCUCCACCGGCCGCUGCCUGCUCACUCUGCUGGGCAUCGCCUUCAUCCUCAGCGGCCUCAUUGUGGGAGGGGCUUGUCUGUACCGCUACUUCACCCCCAAGCGGCUGUACCACGGCUCCAUGCAGUUCAACGACCGCUUCCCGGCGGGAGGCGAGGGGCAGCCCUACUACCUGCCGCAGGUGGAGGAGAAGAUGGAGAUCUCUGACGACAUGGCCGUUAUCAGUGUCCCUCCUCCACGCUUCCGACCCGGAGACCCAGCCUACAUCCUGCACGACUUCAACAGGAAGCUGACGGCCUACCUGGACCUGACCCUGAGGACGUGCUUCGUGAUCCCCCUGAACACGUCUGUGGUGCUGCCCCCUCAGGACCUCAUCGACCUGUUCUCACAGCUCAUGUCGGGCUCGUACCGCAGUUACCUGGUGCAGGAGGACCUGGUGGUGACCGAGCGCAUCGACGACAUCAAACCUCUGGGCUUCUACAUCCGCCGCCUCUGCGACGGGAAGGAGACGUACAGGAUGCAGCGCCGCGACUCCAUCCAAGGCGGUGGCAUCGUGAAGCGCUCCACGGAGGACUGCUUCACCAUCAACCACUUUGAGAACAAGUUUGUCACAGAGACCAGGAUCUGCAAGACCUAA